ACAGCCCAUGAACGCAGCAUUAGCGGCUCACACAGCGCCCCUGCAGGACGCAGCGGGAACAGACAGGUAGCAAACUUGUGAAGAAGCAAAGAGCAUCCAGUGUGGAGGAGUCAGCAACAUGUCUCUGCCGCUGCAGUUUGGAGCUCUGAAGACUGGAGAGCUGCGAGAGCUGCUGGAAGAUGAAGACAGAAUCAAUCACAUCAUCAGGUGCAACGAGAAGUUUCAGGAGCUGCAGACGGCUGCAGACAUGAUGUUGGUUUCAAAUCAAAAAUUAGCCAAAGUCAGUCUUUCUCAAAAAAAAUUUUUUAGAGAUGCUAAACUGCUACUUGCAAUGAAGUACAAAGACCUGGGAAACCUGAGAAGUAUCAUCCAGGCCAAGCAAGAACAACUUGCAGAAAAACACAGUCUUCAUUAUGCAGAGUGGAGUCUCUUGCAGAAGAUAAAUCAUGCAGAUGAGGAGUGUGAGAUGCUGUUUCAGAGGUUUGCAGAGGGUAAAACGCCUCUGGCAGAUUUUCUGGAUUCCUUUCUUAAGUCAAGGAAACCCCAACACAACAGGAUGGUGCUGCUGAAGAAACUACAGGAGUUUAUUGAAUUUAAAUCAACACAAAGCCUCGGUGAGAUUCACCCUGACGCUCAGAUCCAUAACGCCUGCCUCCCAGUCUGCGGUCUAACCACAGCUGUCGUCUUACCCGCUUGCUGCCACCCUCAAUUCCUGCUGCCCUGCUCUACUGCACACGUGAACACUGCUCACUGGCAGCAUUUGCCAUUUUAUCAGGAUUAUAAUGAGUCCCUGCGUCCAGGAGUGCACGGACGAGGCCACAAAUGGCCAGCAAGACCGGUCCGUCUUCAGCCUCUGAGGCUGCAGCACAGGAGGGAUCAACAAGCACCACAGUGAAGUCUAACCCAGCCUCAGAUACAUGUUUGCAUUUCAUUUAAGGGUUUUCGCAGUGAUUUGUCUGUCUGUCAGAUGGAUUACGGAAAAACUACUGACACGAUGUUCAUGAAACUUGGUGAAAUGUUGAAGCAGGAGCCAGGGGAGAAACCAUUAGGUUUUGGAGCGGAUUCAAUGACUUGAAAAAUUUGUUUCCCGAUUUGCUCAUCUUGUCAAGCAAAUACUUAUAACUUACAACUAUCAAAGUGUUGUUUAAAUGCCGAGCAAUAAAAUACAACAUAUAUUCUCUGUAGCACCCAUGUUGUUUCCACAAAACGACUUAAAAGUUAUGGAACCCACUGAAAUCUGAAAAACGAUGACACAACUCGGUAAACGGGACCAUCCCAGGAGCAGAUGAAUGCAUCAUCGAGGUUCAUGCUUUCCGAAUGCCUAGUUAUGAUUUACUUCUGACAAACUAAACUUUUCAUGGGCUAAAUGUGCUUGAAAAAUCACAAAACCUGGCACAGGGGUCAGAAGGGACAAUUAAGGAAAUUCAUGCGUAGUGUACUUUUUAUGUCCAUUAUCUCAUAUAUAAAACAUUUAAAAGAGUACUUUACUGUGACACUAUGGUGAUAAACACCCAUGUACAUUUGGCCACUUAUCCCUAGGAGAUAGCACAACAGAUAACAUCAUAGAGAGUGAGAAAAGUGCAUCAUCACCUCAAAGUGAGAAAACCAGUUCAGCCAGCAAAUACCAACUUUAGUUAAAACAUGUCAUCUUAUCUGGUAGGAACACGUUUGUGUUUCCUCAAGUCAGAAAAAUGUUGGUCACUGUUGGUUCAGUGAACUUGAACUGCUCACCGACACUCGAUAUCUCGGAUCGUCCGAGUGCAGAGACUCCUGCCAAGGUCAGUAAAGGAGCAUGAACACUUUAUUU